CACCAUCAACGAUGACGGGACUCUCUCUCUCCCUUGAAUAUACAUGUAGGUGUAGGUGUAGGUGAUGCUGCUCUCUCUCUCUCUCUCUCUCUCUCUACAAGUUAAUUAACACACAUAACCACCAUGGGUUGCCAUCCUCAGUCAUAGUUUACAUCCCUCUAUCUCUCUCUCUCUAAACAUGUGCAUAUAAAUAUAGUUUAACCUUUCAAGUUGAAUAUAACUUGCCCUCUCUCUCUCUCUCUCUCACACACACACACACACACAGCUUUUCAGCAUAUCAGAUCAGUUACAGGAGGAGCUAGCUAGGGAGAUGGCGAGCACUAUUGGGAGAAACCUACAUCUCUGCUUCCCAAAGAUCAAAUGCCCAACAUCACCAAAAUCAUCAUCAUCAUCAUCUCCUGCCCCAUUAACCCUAGAAGAUGAUCACAACCGUCCAUUACCAAACUCCACUUCUGAUCAUGAUAAGUACACCACCACCACCACCAACACAUCAUCAUCAAUUGAUCUUGUCAAGAACUUCAACUCUCUCUACGAACUCAACUUCGAUUCCACCUCCAACUCCAAGUCCCUCCUCACCCACUCAUCCGAAGACCACUCCUCAUCGGAAUCUGACGCCGACUCCCCGACCCCCGACUUCGCCGCCGUCUUCGCCUCCCACCGCUUCUUCUUCUCCUCUCCUGGCCGCUCCAACUCCAUCAUCGACUCAUCCGCCGCCUCUUCGUCGUCAUCGCCGGGUGACCCGCCGGGAUGUGACGCACUUGUCCGCGGUAGCAUUGCCAUCCCCACGUACUCGCCGGACCCAUAUAAGGACUUCCGGCGAUCUAUGCAGGAGAUGGUGGAGGCGCGUGAGUUGAUGGACGUUAGAGCCAAUUGGGACUACUUGCAUGAGCUUCUGCUGUGCUAUCUUGCGCUGAACCCCAAGAGCACUCACAAGUUCAUCGUCGGAGCUUUCGCAGACCUUCUUGUUAGUCUUAUGACGUCGCAGCAGCCAGCUGGUGGUGACCGGGAAUCUGACUUGGCCGGCGGAGGUUCUAACCAUGUAAUAUAAUAAAUUAAAGCAGUAGUGCUAGCUGGUUAGAUUUAUGAUCACCAAAUCUUUUUUUCUUCUUUUAAUUUCUAAAAUAUAUAAAAAUAUAUAUAUUUGGAAAUUAUAAAAAGAUGUGGGGAUAUUCAAUUUUGGUCCCCUUCUGUCCUCAAUUAUAAUUUCAUCUUAUCCUUGACAGUA